AUGGAAGCAGACGAUUCGGCGUCCUUUUUGACGCUGUCACUAGAAGAGCGUAUAUCGCACAAGCUUUGGAAGGCUAGACAGCAUGCUUACAACGAGCUAGAGACGAUGUUUGGGCAGGCAUCGGUUGGGAGAGCGAGCGAUCCAGCAAUUGCAAAGUAUUACAAACGUCCUGAGCUGUUUGAGUCGUACAUUACGGACUCCAAUGUGGUCGCGCAGGAAUCGGCGGUAAAAGCGUUGCUGAGUUUUCUCAAAUAUAUGGCAGAAGUACCGGGAAUUGUGGACAUGUGUGGGCCCGGGGAGCUUGUAUCGACGUGGGUUCCUGCGUUGGUGGAAAAGGGCUGCACUGCUUCGAAAGCAGGGACGAAAGAAGCGUCGAUGGCGUGUAUUUUGCUGGUUGUGUCGUUCGACAAGAAUAUUUGCAACUGCAUCACUGUGCUAGAGCCGAUGUGGUCUAAAAAGCUGCCCAAGCUUUUGACGGCGGCGCUUAGUGUAUGUGCGUCGACGAUCGAGCAGUAUGGGUUUGUGAAUGCGUCUCAGCAGGAGAAAAUGCAGGUUUUGCAGAGUCUAGUGCAGGUUUUGCCCAAGUUGUGUUCACACGCGGAUAAGAACGUCAGAAACGAGUCGAUGAAGGUGAUCUUGCAGUUGUACACGUGGUUCGACAAGCCCGUGCUCCAAGACUUGUUGUUGGCGAAAUUGAAGCCGAUCCAGCAGAAGGAUCUCGAUAAGAUGUUCCAGUCGUACGAGGGAUCCAUUCCGCCGGCCUCGACGCCCUCGCUGUUUGUAUGGGCUGCCCCAGUAGUAGCGGUGGGCCAACAGGAAGAGAACGAAUUGACUUCGGAUAAUCACGCCCACCACGGUGUCGAUAGCGAUGGAGACACAAUGAUGAUGGGCAAUAACGUAGCUAUAGACCCAUACGAAAUGUACCCGGUGCAAACGAUCUUGGAUAAACUACCUAACGGGUUUUACUCGAACCUUUCCUCCGCCAAGUGGAAGGACAGAGUGGAGGCCCUGGAAGAGUUUUACGAGAAGAGUUUGGCGAAUGGGAAGUGCAAGAAGUUGUCCGCAAGAGACGAAGAUUACUCGGAGUUGGUCCGCAAGUACUGUUCCAUAAUCACCAGCGAUGCAAACCUACAAGCGGUGCAACUUGCCACAAGCAGUAUCGAUGUGCUCGUUUCAGCAUUGAGGUCCGAUUUCAACCCGUUCGCUCUCGAUACGCUCAACGCGUUGUUGACCAGGUCCAAGGAGAAGAAGGCAAACGUGGCAGACGUCAUUUUUAGCACUUUGCUCAACCUUUCAAACUACUACAAGCUAGAGAUGUGUCUCGAUUCAAUCCUAACGCACAUGAAAACAACCAAGGUGCCGCAAGUCAAGAUCGUGACCUGUAAGUUUUUGUUCGAGCUGCUCACGAGCUGGAGACCCACCGAGCAGUUGUACAAGACGAUGGUGUUUGCGAGUUUGUCGGAGAUUUUGAGCUCACUACAGCCCAUAGUCAAUGACAACCAGCAGGCCACGAGAAACGAGGCCUUCAAGUGUGUUGCUGCGUUGAUCAAGAUAUUCGGGGAAAGAGAGCUGGCUACGUACUUGGAGAAGCUGGACAAUCUGAAGCGCAAGAAAAUUCUCGAGCUUGUGGACGGUAUUGAGGUCAAAGCGAGCGCGUCUAGCAGUGCACAACAGGGGGGACUUAAACCAGCUGCGCUGGUACCGCAAACACGAAGCAAGACGGUGCCAUCCACCAACAGCAACAGCAACAGCAACAGCAACAGCACCAUCCCCUCGAAACGUCUGGCAACUUCACCGUUGAAACCGCGGGCUGCAUCCUCUGUGGGACGCAGCGCCACAGUAGGCGCCGCAGCAAGCGCAACGAAAUCGUCACGCUUGACAUCGCGGUCGUUGGCCACACCGCAGCUGCCGCGUCUCGACUCACAACCCCGAUCUAACGCCUCGGUCGUCCAGCAACAGCAACAGCAACCAGAACCUUUUCCGUCGGCCUCCUCCUCCUCCUCCUCUUCUUCUGCCGCCUUCCAGUCCAGCAUGUCGACCAGAAUGUCACAUUUGAACGACGAGGUAAACAAGCUAAGACAGGAAAGACAAGAUUGGCUCAAGGAACGAAACGAACUUCUCUCGAACCUGAACAACUCCAAACUGCAGAUCUCCAAGCUCAGCAAGCAGCUCAAUGACGCAGAAAUCGCCGUAUCAAGUCUCCAAAGGCAAUUGCAGGAUUCCAAAGUGGAACUCAACGACAAAGACAUAAAGAUUAGGGAACUGGAAGCGCGUUUGAGUCAUGGCGUCAUUUCUAAUGGAAACGCUGCUGCUGCUACCGCUGCCGCUGCGUCACCGCUAUCGGCCUCUUCAUCCGCCUCUAUAAAUAGAGGCCGACUCACCUCCACCACUUUGUCCCCGCUAAGAUCAAGCACCAAGGCCUUCAACAGUACAAAUACUAUCACUACAAAUACAAAUACUACUACUACUACUCCUCCACAUCGCAUGCGUUCUCCAAGCGAAAGCAGCGACGACCUACCAAGAAGAGUCACCUCUCUAAACUUGAACAACCACUUGAUGCAGGAAGAAUCCUGGAAACGCGCCGCAGAAGUAACGAACCAGCUCAAGGCCCGUAUCGAAAGAAUGCGCGCCAAGUCCCGUUCGGGCUUCAAAGACGCUCCACCACCAGCCUAG